UCAUGACAGUUAAACAACAACCGUCCAUGACAACUGAGCUGACCUGGUUCUUCUGAGUUUGCUUUGUCCUUUGACUUCAACCUCAUUCAUCAACAGGAUCAAGUUUACUUCUACUAGUUAUAAAAAUGUUUCCAACUGCGGGCCUUUUUCGAGGUGUUCUUUGCCCAGAGAAUGAUGAAAGUAAAGGAAGAUGCAAAAGACCAUACUGUCACUUCAGACAUGUUCGCAGAGUUCCACCUGUGGAAGCUGCAACUGAGUCAAAGAACACUGAGGAACAGAAGGCGGCAAAAACCAGGCCCGCCAUUGAAAGCAGCAGCCUUCCAUCCCACAGGAGACAUAGAGACAGAACUCCAGCCACCAAACCUAUCCAGUAUGUCCCAACACCGUUGUUCCUCUGCAAGAAACCUUCGAAGGAUGCCUUCUUGGAAGAAUCAACGGAAGAAGAGGAGCAGGGUAGUAAAGAUGAAGAGGUUGGUUCAGGUGAAGGGGUUUCCGCUUACACCCCAACCCCCCUGGCAGAACUGGAGGCUAUGGACAACCCUGAUGAAGCAAUUGUUCCUGGAGGUGAUGAUAUGCUAUUAAUGGAAGCUGAAGCAGAAGAUUGUAGUGAGGAUCAGUCAACAAAUACCACUAAAGAUGAUUUCCAAGAAAUGCCAUCUACUGAUGAAAAGAACUUGAAAACAGAACAGCCUUCUGUUACUGAAGAAGUGGAAGAUAUGGUCAUAGAAACCCAUACAUAUGGUGGAGUUACUGUGACAACAAGAACUCCCAGGAGUUUAUGUCAACCUGACCAAGCAUUUGUGGAGGAAGACGAGGAGUACAACCCAUUUUCUUCCAACUUUGAUUCUGAUGAAAAGAUUAAGGUUGUAAUGAAAGGAAAUGUUUGUGAAAAGGGUAAUGAAAGUUACAAAACGACAUCACAGUCACUUCAUAAAAACAAAGAGGUCAUCCCAGAAACGUAUCUCCCAGAAGCCAACUUUGAUCCACUUUCAAAGAAUGAUGCAUACCCUUCUUACGGAAUCUCAAAUGACUUGGCGAAUGAUUUUGAUGCAAAUGAAAAGGACUUCAAAGGAUAUUCAAACACUGCUUCAUAUUCCUACAGUGAUAUUCCUCCCAUGACAGGUGUGGAUUUCCAUCCUUACAGCUACACUUCUUCAGACAGUCAUUGCAUAAAUGAUGUUCCUCCAACAUAUUCAACAUCAGGGCAUGUUGAUGACGACUCGGGUCUUUCAUUGGAUAUUGAAGGGAGCUAUGAUAUGGAAAACCUUGAGCAAUAUCAUGAAGAAGAAACAACCAAAUUGGAGUUGAAAAAGAAAUUUGAUAAGACAAAUGCAAAUGACAAACUGUCUCAGGUUAAACGCCAUAAAGUUCCUGAGGAAAGUGAGAGUAAGACAAAAUCCAUUGUAGCCAAGAAAGUAGUUUUGAACAAAAAGAAAGAACUUUUGAGCAAAAAGAAAGAAGUUUCUGGCUCAUCUAGCAAAUCAAUGACCCCAUCCAUAGGAAAAACCAGUGCUGCAUCAGGGAAAUCUGUUAAAGUGACUUCAAAAGCAAAGCCUAGUCAAGAGAAAACUGACCCUAAGAAGUUGACGCCGAGCAACAAGAAAAUUACGGAAAGCAAAAGUGGAGUGAAGACCCAGCGAAGAGAGGAUGAUGCUAAGAGCGGAAGCAAGACGGUCAAGACAGAUAAUAACAUUAAACCUUCAGAGAAUACGUGUAUGUCUGAUGUGAAGAUUUCAGAGAAAGAGAAGGUCACAGAAAAGUCCAAACCAAAAGUAUCAGCUGAGCAACUGGCAAACUUUUUCAAAAAGCACCAGGAAGUGAAAGGAUUGAAAUCAAAGGGUAAACAAAAAAUUGGGGAGCUUAAAAGAACUACUGAAGAUAACAGCACCACCAUAAAAAUAACAAAAGAAAGCAAGUCUUUGAAAAGCACUUCUAAGGGAUCAAGCAGCCACAUGAAAGAAAUAAAUCAUAAAGAAAAGGUCCACAGUGCUGAUGCCAAAGUUGGCACCAAGGGAAAGCAAGAGUCUCCAAAGACGACUGGAAGGGAUCGUAGUCUUUUUCAAUCACUUGGAAAACCACCAACAAAAGUUUUGCCAAAAAAGCCAACUAUCAAAGAAUGCAACUUUGACAUGUUUGCCAUAGCCAAUGACUCUAGUUCUGAUGAAGAAGGUGCAAGAUCAAAAACAUCUUCUAAACAAAAAGCUCCUGUAUGUAGUCCUCCAAGAAAAAGAUCAGUGUCACUUGAUAAGAACAGACAUGCUAGUGGAAGUGAUAGUGCUGGACAGAAGAAAAGAUCUGCUUCCCCUUCCAAAACAAAUGAUCCAAAGCGUUUGAAGAAAUUGUCCACUUCACAAUCAAAGAAAGAAAGCACCAAAAUCAUAGAGCUGGAUCUGUUUGGGGACGAUAGUGAUGGGGAGUCGGAUGAAGUCACUUUGAUAUCUAGUGAUUCUCCCAAAAAGAUUCUGAAAAAGUCAGCAGAGGUUCCUAGGAUCAAGAAGCAAAGCUCUUCCUCAACGUCUGAUCUCCCAAGGAAAGUGGUUCGUUCUGGUUCAGGAGAGGUACUGUCAGCUGGAAAUUUCCUUCCUACCACCAGCAAAGUCAAGUCUUCAAGUGUAAAGACUUCUAAGGUUGGCCCUUCCAAGAAACCAUCAAGUUCUGUAACACAAAAAACUCCAGCAAGUGGACAGAAUCAAGUGUCAAAAGGUCCCCUGCUCAAGAUUAAAAACUCCAUUGAGAAGCAAAGUAAAUUUGGGUCAAGUCUCGAUUCCAAAAUCACCACCCAGGAGAAUCGAAAGCACCAACUGGUAAAAAUUCCGUCACGUGAGCAAAUGCACGUCUAUUCUCUCUCUGAUGAUAGUUCAGAUCUACCCAAUGGUCUUGUAUCAAGUGAUGACGAUGAGAGCGGUGAUGACGAUGCUGGGUACGAUAUGGGAGGAAGCAGUAAUGACACUGGUAACCAAGAGGACGGAGAGGGAGAUGAAGGUGACAAUGAAUACAUGGCAGAGAUGAGGAGGUUCAUGGAGGAAAGCUCUUCAGAAGAUGACAUAUCCGAUGAGUGUUAUCGCAUUUUCCAGGAGGAGCAGGCGAAGGCAAGGUCAAGGGGUCAGUCGUCAAAGCUUCCAAAACGAGCAGAAGAGCGAAGUUCCAAUUCAGCUCCAGUUUCUUCUGGAAAGCAGCGGGUGGCUCAUUCUUCCAAGUUUGGAGAUGUGAAACGAAAGCCGACCCCCAAGAAGCCCGCUAACUCUAGGCUCAGCGCAGCUCAGAUGUGCCACAAUCGGUAUCUCAUGAUGGAGCGUAGGCUAGAGAGGGCGUCCCAGGAGCAGGAUGAUGGGGAGACCACCGCUGGUGCUUCAAUCACAGGGAAGAAGAGAGUAGCUCAUCAGCCAGUCUCGACCAACAACACUCUCAAGCACCUCACAUUAGGGGAGUCCUCCUCUGAGAAGAAAACCACUACUGUCAUGACCUCAAAGAUGGGUAAAAGGACAGCUCACAUGCCCAGGAUGGUUUCCAAGAGGCCAGUGAUUCCUACAGAUUAUGGCAGCAAGGUUCCUAUGAACAUCAGACAGCGAUACCUCAACGUAUUCAUUGAUGAACUCCUAAAGACUUCAGAGGAUGAUAAAGAUGCCUUUGAUAAAGCCUUGGAAGAAGAGAAGUUAGUUUAUCAGAGAUCUUCCACCAAGAACAUCUACCUGAACCUCUGUGUGAAUGCUCUGAAGAAGCUCAAGAACCAGACAGAUAGCAGGAUGCAAUCCCCUCCAUCCACCCCGUCUGUGCUCUUCCCCUCGAAGGUUGUCUCCCAUGAGGCUGUCCUAGGUGGCAAGCUGGCCGCACAGACCUCGUACAGCAUCCACAAGCACUCGAACCUUGACAGUGAGAGCUUUGAAGGGAUUCAUUUGUAUGAUAAGCUCCAGCGUUACAUCCUGACAGAAGUUCAACUGCGGGAGAACGGUUACCCCAGACCAUCGGACAUCUCGGGUCAAGCAAUCCUGUUCAAGGAAGAAGCAAACAAGAAAGUUGCCAGCAGUGAUCCAAAUCAACAAGUGUGCUGUCGAUGUGGGGCGACGUACCUGAGACUUCCCAACGGAAAGUACAUCACCAGGGAAUCUUGCACCUAUCAUUGGGGCAGACCAUGGACAAGAAGGAUUGCUGGGAUGAUUGAAAGUCGUUUCUCAUGCUGUUCUGGUGAUAUGGAGACCAAAGGAUGCUGUAUUGCAAAGUACCAUGUAACUAAUAACAAGGAAGGGAACCUCUUGGGCUACAUGAAGACGAUCCCCAAGGACAUCCCACGGAAUGGUCAUCCGGGCAUGUACUCCCUUGAUUGUGAAAUGUGUUACACAUCAAUGGGUCUUGAGCUAACCAGAGUGACGGUAAUCGAUGAACAUCUCAAUGAAGUAUACGAUACCCUGGUCCAGCCUGACAAUGAAGUGGUCGAUUACAACACGAGAUUCAGCGGUAUAACAGAGGAUGAUCUGAAGCAUGUCCGGACCAAGCUACGGGAUGUGCAAGCAGUCUUGCUCAAUAUGUUCUCUGCUCAGACCAUCCUAAUAGGGCACAGCCUAGAGAGCGACUUUCUAGCACUGAAGCUGAUGCAUAGCACAGUUAUCGACACCGCGAUCGUCUUUCCCCAUCGCCGAGGGCCUCCCCUCAAGAGGGCGCUAAAGACUUUAAUGGCGGAAUACCUCAAUAGACUCAUUCAAGAUGAUGUUGGUGGGCAUGACAGUACAGAGGAUGCCAGGAGCUGCAUGGAACUCAUGAUCUACAAAGCCAAAGAAGAUGCCAAGGUCAAGAGGAAGAGGUGACACCAAUCGCUCCUCUCCGAGAUACCGUCUUCUGGAUGCAACCUCCUAUUCUCUUUCUCAACUGCUGUAUUGUCAAGGUCUACUCUCUCCACCUAGGUGUUAAGUGGGCACCCAGUAUGAGGAUUCAAAAGCAAAUGCUGUAAGCCUAUAGAACAUUUUGAGCUUUGAAGCUCAAGCCAAUGUUGUAUGCCUAAUUUAUUUGAGCUUAGAAGCUCUUGCUUGAUUACUCCACAGGGAGUGGAGUAAGUGAGUAAGACCAUGCAAGCCAGAAUCUGAUGCUGGGUGUAUUCUGUGAAGCACCAUGAGAUAUCAUCCAAAUGUAUGUAGCACUUUCUUGUAAGUGGAAUAUCAUUAUGUAACAUUAUCCACCUACAUCACCAAAGGUCACAAAUUUCAGUCCCCUUUUUUAUCGUAGGCCUGUUGCACAACAGAAAAACUUGUAAUUUUUUUGCUGGAGUUCUUCAAUAUGUUGUCGAUGGCAUAAUUUUGUUUGUUUUUGGU